CGUUCAAACAAGCAUAAAAGAAGCUCCGUAACUAAAUCAGAUUCUCGAUCGAGUGUCUGAAUCUGGUCUUAGUGUGGAGCCAUGGACAAGGUGAUGAGAAUGUCGUCGGAGAAAGGCGUGGUGAUAUUCAGCAAGAGCUCGUGUUGCCUUUGCUACGCGGUGCAGAUUCUGUUCCGAGACCUGAGGGUUCAGCCGACGAUCCACGAGAUCGACAAUGACCCUGACUGCCGCGAGAUCGAGAAGGCCCUCGUCCGCCUCGGCUGCCCCACCGCCGUCCCCGCCGUCUUCGUAAGCGGCAAGCUCGUCGGCUCCACCAACGAAGUCAUGUCCCUCCACCUCAGCGGCUCCCUCCUCCCCUUGAUCAAGCCCUUUCAGUCUGUCCAUAACUAACAUCAAUCUCUCUUUCUUCUACAUAUAUAUGGAGAACAAGAAGCCCUUGUUUAAGUAGCCAGUGAGAGUGAUGAUUAAGAAUAAAACCAUUGGAACGUACGUAGCUCAUAAAUUAAACACCAGAAACCCUAGUCCUUCGACGAGCUCUUGUCUGAAAAUGUGUGUCAUCGUCAUGUGUAUUUGUUAUUACAGUUAUGCGUUUAAUAUUUCUCUUGCUUGUUCGUGUCUAGCUAAUUAGGUACGCCCUAAUUAGCUAGAUCUCGUGCAUGCGCCUAAUCAGUACGUACAUGUACUGGCGAUGUGUUUAUCUAUUAUCUUAAUGGACAAAUAUUUAACAUA